AUGAAAACAAGAUUGAAAGAGAAAUUUCUCCCACCAGACUUCACUCAAUAUAGUUUUUCACAAUUCAACAACCUUCGCCAAGAAACUAAGAGUGUUGUGGAGUAUACCGAAGAGUUUUACAAGUUGUCAGCACGUAAUGAUAUCCAAGAAACUGAAGAACAACUCACUGCAAGAUACAUAGGGGGAUUAAGACCUCAGAUUCGUGAUGAAGUCGAGAUGCAUAGAGUUUGUAGGGUUAAUGAUGCUUAUCAAUUGGCUUUAAAAGUGGAGGCUAGACUUGCUCAUACUAGUACUAGAAGAGCUGCAAAUUUUCAUAGCUUUUAUCCAUCUUCUAAGGGUGAAUCUUCUCAUGGCUGGAUCACCAAUGGAAAAGCUAAUCAUCAAUACAAGAGUUGCCCGAAGCGGCAAGUUGAUACACGAGUGGCUCUUGGCUAUGAAGACAACGAGGUUGAAUACUUUAAUGAUUCUAUUCAGCCCAAUUUUGAUGAAGACAAUGAUGUAGAGCGUGAAGAAAUUGAACCUGAAAUUGGUGAAACUUUGGUGAUUCAUCGAGUGUUUUCCACUCUCAAUUGUGAAAAUAUUGUUUCUCAAGACAUGAUAGAUAAACUAAAGCUCCAAACGGAGCCACGUCCACGACCUUAUCGAAUCGCGUGGUUCAAGAAAGGAAAUGAGGUAAAAGUUUCCAGGAGAUGUCUUGUUUCAUUUUCAAUGGGGAAGAAUUACAAGGACCAAGUUUGGUGUGAUGUAGUUCCUAUGGAUAUUUGUCACAUACUCCUAGGAAGACCCUGGCAAUUUGAUAGACGCACUACCCAUGAUGGUCACAAAAACAACUAUACCUUUAGAAUGGGAAAGAGUGAGAUUGUUCUCUUACCUAGCAAGGAGGAAGAAGCUAUUCCAAAAAUCCAGCAAGAGAAGGGGAAAUCUACAAAUGUCCCUAGAAAAGUAGAGCUUGUCUUGGACGAAUUCAAAGAUGUUAUCCCGGAUGAGUUGCCUAGUGGUCUUCCCCCACUUAAAGACAUCUAGCACCAAAUAGAUUUUAUUCCUGGUUCAAACCUUCCAAAUAAGGCUCACUGCCGCAUGAGUCCUAAAGAGCAUGAGGAGCUAAAACGACAAGUUUCAGAAUUGCUUGAGAAAGGUUAUAUCAAAUAAAGCAUGAGUCCGUGUGCGGUACCAACUUUGCAUAAUCCUAAGACCGAUAACACAUGGCGUAUGUGUACAGACAGCCAUGCUAUCAAUCGAAUCACUAUCAAAUACAGGUUCCUUAUUCCGAGGAUUGAUGAUAUGUUCGACAUGCUUGCUGGUGCCAAAGUAUUCUCUAAGAUUGAUCUUCGAAGUAGGUACCACCAAAUCCGAAUUAAACCUGGUGAUGAAUGGAAGACUACUUUCAAAACUCGUGAGGGCCUCUUCGAGUGGCUUGUUAUGCCAUUUGGGCUAUCCAAUGCCCCGAGCACCUUUAUGAGGGUAAUGAAUCAAGCACUGCGUUCUUUCAUUGGUAAAUUUGUCAUUGUCUACUUUGACGAUAUACUCAUUUAA